AUGCACUUCUCUAAGAUUGUCCUGCUUUUCGCGCCUCUGAUGGCCAUGGCUAGCCCUGUCACCUUGGAAACAAGACAGGACAACACUUGCUGCUAUCAAACCGAGGAUGUGAACGCCCUCAUCUUUGUGACCAAAGGCCAGUCAUCUCAGACUCUUGACACCCUUAACUGGUGCUAUCUCCAGGUUGACCGUAAAUACACCAUGCGCAAUCCUUUCAAGCCAAGACAGGCGCCUUCUCAAAGCUGGGCAGGGAGACCGAGAGCUCUGUCAGCCGAUGACCCAGUCUUUAAAGACCUCGACGAUGAUGAACGGAAGGGUAUCGAGAGCAACUGUAGUAGCCAACAACAAAAGACGUCACAAGAAUCAAACAGAGUGCCGCUGAAGCCUUCUGGGUCGGAUAGCGCCGUCUCUGUGGGAAGCGGAUCAUCUUCUCAUCACAGCGUCAGCACUGAUAUCGGUCAAGGCUAUGCCGCAAUCGCAGGAGCUUUCUCUGGCACCGACCACUCUGGACAUUGA